AGCAGCAGUAUCCCAGAGGCGCCGUGAUGGUGAAGAAGGUUGUGGUGAAAGCAGUGGGUGGAUUUGAACAACUGCAGCUGACAGCCAGAGCAUCGCCUUGCUUUCGGUGUCCUCAGGUGUGAAUCACGCUGCUCUGUUCUGUUCUCGCCUCGCCCUCAGAUAUAACAAAAAAGAACAUGACUUAUAUCUGCAACAUCAGUCCUUGGUCGUGACUCCUGCUCUGGUCGCGGCAAAUUCCACUUAAAACUUCAGGAUAUUACAGAAGUUAGUGUUUCUUGAAUACAGAAAACGCCACUGCAAGACAUCUACGGUAUAUCUUCUUGUCUACUUAAAGAGCCUCUACGGAACAGCCAUAGUGUGUCUUAAAUACAGAGCAAGCUACUACAGUACAGCUACAGUGUGUCUUAAAUACAGAACAAGCCACAACAGGACAUCAAUAUCUUAAAUAUAAAACAAGCCACUACAGAAUAGAUACAGCAUAUCUUGUUGUCUACUUGAAGAGCCAAUACAGUAUAGCUAGAGUGUCUCAUAAAUACGGAACAAGCCACUGCAGGACACAUACAGCAUCUCUUGUCUAUUGGGAAAACCACUACAGAACAGUUGCUGAACGGGGCACCAUAAACCAUAGACUAAACUUGAAGAUUUGUGUCAAAUCAUGCACCUAAUUUUGAUGUGGCAAGCUUGUAUGUGAUUAUGAAGCUUGUAGUGAACUCACCAACAUCUCACCACUUUUUGACUUAGACUAGUAAAGGUGGGAACACUCACCACCUCUCCAUUCCUCGGCCCCUCCUCUCCCCUUGCCCUGCAUCAUGCUGUACUUGGAGGACUUCCUGGAGGUGAUAGAGCAGAUCCCGCAAGAGAUCCGGGACCGCACAACAGACCUGCGUGAGCUGGACCUUGGCAUCCAGAACACAUCAGACCAGCUGGAGGAGCAGAUCAAGACCUUCUUUGGUAAUGCCAGGAAAAUGAAGCCACAGGAACGGGACACUGAGUAUGAGAAGAUCCGCAAGGAGUACUAUCGGCUGCUGGACGAUGCCGAUGAGAAGGUGAGCAUUGCCACCAACAUGCAUGACCUCCUAGAGCGCUAUGUGAGGAAGCUGGACCAAGAGCUGGAAAAAUUCAAGUGUGAGCUGGAGGCUGACAGCCCCGGAGUGACUGAACUGCUGGAAAAGCGGUCCUUGGAACUUGAUGAACCCAUCCCAGACAGCCAGAAGGAAAACCGCUGCUAUGUGUCUGCAAACUCGUCUUCCUCUGCCUCUCGGACUGCUGACCGCCGCCAGUCCUCUGCUGCCAAUGCCGCUGCCGCUGCAGCUGCUGCUGCUGCUGCCGCUGCUGCUGCAGCUGCUGCUGCAGCUGCUGCUGCUACUACUGCACCAGUUAAGAAGGAGGAGAGAAUGGAACCAGCUACUCUCCCCACUUCGAUGGCUGUCUCCCCGCCCCCUCCGCCAUCGGCCAUAUCCUACACCCUGGGCCACAUGGGGGCAGGGAGCAAUGCCAUAGCAGCCGCUGCCUCCCAAGCCAUUGCUGCCACCCAGCAGAUGCAGCAAGGUCGUCGCACUGCCAGCCUGAAGGCCUCUUAUGAUGCCAUCACCUCUGGAUUUUCCUCAGAAUUUUCUAUAGGCAGUGAGCUGGCCAACGCUGCCCAGACGGCCCUUGCAGCCUCUGCCCUGCCCCAGGAAGCUGCCUCCACCACCACAGGGACUGCCAGCAGCUCUUCAGGAUCUAGCAAUAAGAAACAGAAGAAAAAACACAAUCCUGUCAACAACGUUCCUGCUGCCCCACCCAUGGAGGCCUCCCCUGCCCCCUCAGAUGAUCCCCUGCACAGCUCCAUACUUGACCCCAAUGCUGAGAACCCGGACUGGACUUAUGACCCCAAUGAGCCAAGGUACUGCAUCUGCAACCAGGUGUCUUAUGGGGAUAUGGUGGCUUGUGACAACCCCAAGUGUCCUGUGGAGUGGUUCCACUAUCCCUGUGUGGGCAUCACUGCAACCCCUAAAGGAAAGUGGUACUGCCCCCAGUGUGCUGCAGCCAUGAACCGCCGGGCAAGAAAGUGAGGCAGGGACUGUAGCAGAUAGGACAGUGAGGUAACUUGGUGUGUGAUGUUUAAGGGACAUGUACAUAAAUAUUUUUGCAUGAGGGAUGUGUACAUAAGUAAUAUAUUGGUUGUUACUAAUGUCACUGAGAUAUAAGGAUUUUAAAACUGUCCAUAGACUCCACAUGUGUUGAGAAAGGCAGUUAAAAAGAAGGAAGAGGAAAGGAAACGCUUCCUUCAAGACUUUUAUACUCCUAUGAAUCAGGAAGAGACCAAGAGAAACUGUAUUUAUGAACUAUUUCUUACUUUUAUGUUUUGUUUAUAUGUUCAGCUUUUUCAUGGGUGUUGUCUGACUUGUGCAUGAAUAGGAAAGCAUGUAGUAUAAUGAAUAAUUUUAGGAAGUGGAAGGAAUUCUGUGAGUGUUUGAAAUUUGUGUAUUGUCUCAUUUUAUAAAAGAGAAUCUAAUUGAAGACUAUUGUGUGUGGUAAAGCUUCGAAAGAUGACCUGUUCCAUUUGUACAAUAGUAAUGGUGCUAAGGAGUUGGAAUGUUCAUACUGGUGGAAGAGUUUUAGGUAUUAUUCUUAUCUCAACCGAAGUGUAGAAGAGUCCCAUUGAAGUACAUGACUUCGGGAAGAGAUAGGGAAUUACUCAUCUUUUUUUUUCCCUCAUAUACCUGGAGUGCUGAAAGAUAUAACUUUGCGUGUGUGUGUGUGUGUUUGUUGUACCAGCAGUCUUGUGGAUGACAUGUAUGGCUCAUGAUGAUCAGCUGUAUCAUUCUGUAUUUCUAGUGCUUUAUUCAUUACUGUUAUGGCUAGACAAAAGAAGGCAAUACUUGUAGGUUUUAUACUUAAAAUUCCUCUACUUUUUAUUAUUAAUAUUGUCAUAAUUCACAUUGCAGUGUAUUCUGGUAUGAGAUCUAAUUUUGUAUAUUGUUGUCUGUGUAUAUUCACAUUAAAGGAAUUUAAUUACUUUCUCCUGAAGAGUUGCUGUGAAUAUUUUAACUUACAAACAAUUACUAUGUUUGGAUUUGUUCUGUAUGUGGAGUUAGUGCUGAGCUCAUGCAUGAAAUGUGAUUAGCUAUGUUCAGAAUUCUCUUCCAGACCACAGAAAGUUUUGCUAAGUAUGGUGUAUUUCUCCUGCCUAAAGCAUUAGUUUAUGCUGCUUGAUAUUAGAAAAGUGUUGGAAUGCUUCCCUCAGAGUUGAAAUUCUCAUAAAAGGCUAUUAACAAAAUAUUCAGGCAACUUUGGUGUAAUCUGAAAGUGUUAACUCUGGCAUGCUUAGUUUCAGUCUGGUAACGUUUGAAUCAAGCACUAAUUAACCAAAGCUGUGUGGACUCAUAUGGUAAGGACAUGAGGGCAUUAACCUGUAUACAUUUUUAUCACUGACAUAAGUAUGUAAAGCAUUAUUGUAUUGUUGAUCACGGAAGAGACAAGUUAUUAUAAUUGUAAUAGUAUUAGUGGAAAAUUUAAUAUACUAUAAAAUUUC